AUGGCCGACUUCGAGAAAAUCAUCGAGCAAGCUAUCGCCGCUCAAGAGAUUCCAGGCUGCGCCCUCGUAGCCACAAACCGCGAUGGCUCAUUCAAGUACGCCAAAGCCUUUGGCUCCACCUCCUUGAAAGAAGAGAACGCCAAACCUCUUGGUCUCGACACGAUCAUGUGGAUCGCUUCUUGCACGAAACUCAUGACCUCGCUGUGCGCCAUGCAGCUCGUUGAACGAGGGCUAGUAACCCUAGACGAGCCGGUGUACAAGCACAUCCCAGAGCUAGAGAAGUUCACGGUGCUGAAGGGAUUUGAGGAAGACGGCAAGCCGAUCGAGGAGAAACAUACCAAGCCCAUCACGUUACGACUGCUGCUGACGCAUGCGAGUGGACUGGCGUACGACGGUAUGCUCCCGCAAUCGCUGGCGUGGUUGAAGUAUCACAACCGCGGAUUUAAUAAGAGUGGGAAGUUAUUGGACAGAUUCAACUCGCCACUUAUGUUCGAGCCGGGAGAGAGUUGGAUGUACGGCCCUGGUAUCGACUAUGCGGGCCUGCUGAUUGAGCGAGUGACGGGAAAGAGGCUGGACGCCUAUAUGGAAGAGAACCUGUGGGGACCUCUAGACGUUAAGGAUAUCACCUUCUUCCUAUCAUCCCGUCCUGAGUUGAAGGCGCGCAUGGCGGAUAUGAGCGCGAGAGAUGAGAGUGGUAAGGUGAAGUAUACGGAGGAGAGGCAUCUCUAUCAGGAUGAAACAGGGAAUGAAGUAACAGAUUGCAUGGGUGGGCAGGGCUCAUUCACGUCUGCAGAGGAGUAUAUCAAAGUCGUCCACGCCCUGCUUACAUGCGACGAAGACGAGAAGCUUCUGAAAAAGGCGUCUCUGGAGGAAUUUUUCAAACCACAGCUGGGAGAAGGUAGUUCUGCUGCUCUCAACGCUUUCCUGCAGAACGACAUGAUGAACAAUGGCAUGGGUGGCACGUCCAAGGAAGUAAAGAAAGACUGGGGUCUCGGCGGCAUACUAAUCCUGCAGGAUGCGCCGGAUGGGAAGAAAGCUGGCACAAUGAUAUGGGGUGGACUGCCAAAUCUGAUAUGGUGGGUUGAUCGCAAGGCUGGCUUGUGUGGCUUGUAUGCGGGACAAGUAGUCCCACCAGGUGACACCAAGUGUGCGGCGCUGCACAGAACGUUUGAGGAGGAAAUGUAU